AUGCAGCUGCUUGGCUCGCUGUCGGUCUUACUACUUAACCUCUUGCCCCUCGUCCUUGCUUGGCCAUUUCAACAUAUACCAACAUGUCGCGAGAUCGCCAGAGCCAUCUCUUCGUCGAGCGACGUCUACUACCCAGGCCACUACUUGUAUGUCAAGGGGAUCAGCCAUUGGGCCAGCUCAAGCAACCAGCAGUCGGCUUGUGUCGUUGAAGUAGGCACCCCCGAGGACAUUGCCGUCAUCCUCCAAAUUGUGGCCAAGAAUAAGACCCCAUUCGCUGUCAAAGGAGGCGGCCAUGCCACUAACCCUGGUGCAUCUUCGACGGAGGGCGUACACAUUUCCAUGUACAGGUUCUCUGAUGUUCGGUAUGAUGCUGAUUCUCAGACUGCCGAGGUCGGUGCUGGUCUUGUCUGGGACGAUGUCUACGCCGCUUUGGAGCUCCAUGGCGUCAACGUUGUCGGUGGUCGAGUUCCCGGCGUCGGUGUUGCUGGAUUCACUCUUGGUGGAGGAUAUUCUUGGUUGACGAACCAAUACGGCCUCACUGUCGAUACCCUGGUCUCUUUUGAGCUCGUUAAACCAGAUGGGGAAGUUAUAACGGUCACUGAGGCGUCCGACCCUGAGCUGUUCUUCGGCUUGAAGGGAGGAAUGAAUAAUUUCGGAAUUGUCACCAAAUUCGUCCUCAAGACGUUCCCGCAAGGACGAGUCUGGGGCGGCCUCACCCUUUACGGGCGUUCGCAAUGGUCUCGAGUGACCGAAGCCACAUCUGCAUUCUCCUUCAAUGUGACGGACCCUAAAGCGUCGAUCAUUGCUUCCUACCAAGUUGUAGCCGGCGUGCCCUCCGUUGGUCUGCUCGCGUUCUACGACGGUCCUACACCACCACCAGGCAUUUUCGAUGCGUUCGAGGAGAUUCCGCAUUUGCUGAGGAACGUCAAGACGAAGUCAUUCUCUGAUCUUAUCAAGUCGUUCCCUGCCGAUGCGACAUAUGGCCAACGAGGAAUAUUCCACACUGCUUCCGUGGAUGUGGCGUAUAGCACCAACUUCAUCGACGCCGUCGCAAACGAAACUCUGUACUGGGGUGCUCGACUGCCUCUCGGGACAGGAAUCUUCCUUUCAUACGCAAUUGAGCCUUUCCUCCCGACCAUCUAUGGCCACAACUCCGACAGAACCGCCUUCCCCUUCUCCCGCUCCUCGGCCAUCUCGCCUCUCAACGUCUACUACAGCUGGAUUCUCCCCACCCACGAUGGUCUCUUCCAUGAAGCGAUGCGCCGGACCGUGGGCCAAAUCCGCGACGCUGCUUUCGCGGACGGGCAGUCGGGUGUUAUGGAGGCCCCGCUGUACCCCAACUACGCCAUGUUUGAUACACCCGUUGAGCAGGUGUAUGGAAAUCAUUUGUCAGAGUUACAGACUCUGAAGAGGAGAAUUGACCCUGAUAAUGUUAUGGGUCUUGCAGGAGGAUUCAAGAUUCCGCUGUGA